AUGUCUCUUCCCUGGAAACGCCUAAUCCGCUUUGAGGCCGUUGAUGGCCGUAUCCUGCGCGGAGAGCCUGUGUUGCCCGAAAACAAGAUAAUCGAUCUUGGAUUCAUCUCAGAGGCCGAUCAGCUUGAAGCUAAGGUCCUUGUUGGAGAUGAUAUCUAUGAUGUAACUGGACAAACCAAAUUGACAACGGAGACGGUGUUGGUCAAGAAGAUCCUCUCGCCAUUGGCUCAGAGCGAUGUGCCUAUCUUGCGUUGUGUUGGUCUGAAUUACGCCAAGCACAUCAAGGAGGCAGGACGCAAGCCUCCUCCAUUCCCUUUCAUCUUCUUUAAACCCACCACUACUAUCCAUGACCACGGUGAAGCUGUGGUGAUCCCCAAGAUUGCCCAGAAUGACCAGGCUGACUACGAAGGCGAACUGUGCAUCGUGAUUGGAAAGGAUGCGAAGGACGUCCCAGUGGCAGAAGCCUUGAACUAUGUCGCCGCUUACACUGUUGGAAAUGACGUUUCCUCCAGAAAGCUUCAGAGAGACCCAGCCUACGCCGGUGUUGUUCCCCAGUGGGGCUUCUCCAAGGGCUUUGAUACUUUUGCCCCUCUCGGCCCAGUGUUGGUUGCCGCCUCCGAGAUCGCAGAUCCAAGCCUGCUACACUUGAAGACCAUUAUUGAUGGUGAAGUCCGCCAAGAAGAGGGGGUCUCCGAUCUUUUGUUCGACUGCAAGUAUCUCAUCUCUUAUUUGUCUCAGGGUACUACUCUCCAGAAGGGUAGCGUUAUCAUGACUGGAACUCCCGGAGGCGUCGGUGCCGGCAUGAACCCUCCCAAGUACUUGAUUCCUGGAACUCAGAUGGACGUCUUCAUUUCAGAGAUUGGCACCUUGCGGAACAAUGUUGUAUUCGCCUGA